AUGUUUUGGACGACAGCUUCAACAGUGGCGGAUCGUCGAGCCAGGACAGCAACAGCAACAACCCCAAGACCUUUUCGUGUCCGCAACGCAUUGACCCAACUAAACACGUACAUUGAACAGGCGCCUGGUGAUAGAGGUGGUCUCCGGUACUGCCCAUUCUACACCAAUGCCAAACGAACCGAUGAAGCCGGCACUUUCAUGUGUCUGGCACUCGUUGGUGAGUAUGACAAGUGGAUCCCGGCCACCAUUGACUCGCAUUUAUCCAUCAGUAACCAAGAGUUUUUCCUACAUCUCAUCGCCGCCGACGCCGAUACAAAACAAAGAAAGUGGCUGGAUUACUUUGACCCCAUCUCAUCCAUGUCAAAAUCCACAAUCGACGCCAUUGCAGAGAAGAAGUAUUUUCAUACCAUGCGAAACAUGACGCAACUACUCGAUCUUUUAGUCGUUGUCCAAAAGUACAGCCAAAAAGACGACAAAACAGAUGUGUUUGGUGGAAUCAUGGAUUUCAAUUACCUAAACCUUGCUAAACAACCAUUGGAUCUUUGGAAAGGGAGAUGGAAGGUUACCAGGCAAAUCAUAGAAUACCUUAGACAAAAUAAUAUUACAAUUAACGAUUUAAAAUUGACAGUUGAUCGAUUACCAAUAUUUUGGAACGAAAAGUUUAUGGAAUUCUACAAGUUUCCAGAUGACCGUUGGGAAGAGGCCAUCACAUAUAAUCUAUACCAAUACAUAGAGAUUUAUUACAACAAAGAUAGUACCCUCUCCCUCGCAGACAUUCCUAGUCCCAUCAAUUCCAUUGAAAUGCUCCAAGCUGUUCGAUCGGCAUUUUUAAAAUCGCCCCACAAUGAACAGAGAUCAAUUGACAUGCAACUAUUUGAUACUCUUUUACAAUCAAAUCCUCAUAAUACCAAUGUCCUCAUCCAACAAUUACAUAAUCUUGGAGAUUUGAUAGAAAAUCAAAUUAUCAUUUAUUUUUGUAGAAUGGAAACUAAUAUUCAAGAAGAAGUCGUUUUAAAACUAGAUGAUAAUUCUUUUAAAAAAGAAUUGAUCAAAAAGAUUGAUUUAGAUGAAAAAAAGUGUUUUCUUUGUGGUUUACAACUUGAAAAGGGUCAUGCAUUGGAUCACUAUUUCAAUUGCUUCAAGAGAGCUUCCAAUCUGUUAGAACCAACCAAGCCGAAAAAACCUUUUUCCAUGAUGACAAACACAGAGAUAUUUGAAAAAAACUUUCAGGUUCUUCAAACCAUUCGAAAUCAUCCAUUGAUUGAAGGUGAAACAUGGUAUGUGGUCGAAGAUGGGUGGUUUAAAUCUUUCAGAGAUUUUGGAAUGUGUAAUUGCAAACCUGAAAGUGCCCCUAAAAUGAUUGAUAAUUCUUCAUUGGUGCACAAAGAUAAUCCUAGCAUGUUGUUGCAAACAUCCAAGGAAUCAAUCAAUUUUGAAGUCAUCCCUGAAAUUAGAUACUUUUUGUUAUAUUAUUAUAAUAGUAGUAUGUACAUGCAGAGUAGUAUUGGUCACCUUUCACCACAACAAAUAGAGUUUAUCAACAUGUUGAACGCUAGCAGCAACGGAGGAGGAGGUAACUCUAGUAGUAAUAAUACUUCUCAUUCUUCCACUACAACAACUACAACUACAACAAAUAACGUUGCUUUACCUGCCAACCCAAUGACUACAUCAUCAGGUUCAAUCAUAUUUGGCUCGCCUCCUCAAUCACAGGUGCAGCAACAACUCCAACAACAACAACUCGACGACAUCACCAUCUCUAUAUGUCCUAUUGGUAUCAAGGCAUAUGGUGUACUUCCACCAUUCCUCAUGCGUAAACAUACUCUAUUCAAACGUCUCUUUGUACAUGUAUCAAAUAGAUUCUGUAUCGAUGAAAGUGAACUCAUCUUCUUCUUUCAAGAUAAACUUAAUCCUGAACAAUGUCCUUCUGAUAUUGGACUUGCAACAGGUGACAUUAUAGUAGUUAGACGAGUUUCGCAUAGACCAUUAAAGUCAUCGACUGAUCCAACCAAAUCAUCACUAACCUCUUCAUUUAUCGAAGAUAUUAAAGCGUUAUACAAUUCUGAAGAGUUUAGUGAUAUUACAUUUGCUUUGGAUGAUGGAUCGACUUUACCUGCUCAUAAAAAUAUACUAUCAGCAAGAUGUGAAAAGUUUAAAGCAAUGUUUAGUAAUCAAAUGAAGGAGAGUAGAGAAGCAGAAUUAAAAGUGACAGAAUACAAAGCAAUUAUAUUUAAAAAGAUGAUAGAAUAUUUAUACACGGACAAGAUUGAAAAGGAUAAAGAAGAGAACUUAGAUAUUGACACUAUCAUGCAAUUAAUUGUCAUUGCCGAUGAUUACCUAUUAGAUUCUUUAAAAACGCAAUGUGAAACCAAAUUAAUAGUAGAAAUUAAUCUAAGUAAUGUUGGAUCAUUUCUCUCCCAUUCGGACAUUUACAACUGUAAAGUACUAAAGAAACAUACACUAUCAUUUAUAUUAUCAUCAAUCAAGAAAUUGGUUGGAACCAAAGAGUUUGAAAAAGAUUUAUUAUCAUCCUCUACAUCAUUACUCUAUGAAAUCAUCAAAGAAAUGGCUCCAACUUUUGAUUUGGGUAGAAAAAAGAAAGAAUAUUCAGAGAUUGGAUAA